AUGAUUUACCCCCCAAGACAAGCGACACCAAUGAAAGCUCCUCCUUCAGCUCUUUCUAGGAGUAUUUCAAAGUCAGCCGAAACUUUAGCUGGGACUACGAGAUAUGGAAAAGACGUCAAGACUCGUAAAACCAGGAGUACGGAGCAACCUGGCGGUGGCCUUACGAAGGGCACCAGCUCCCUUGGGCUUCCAGCGUUGGGCAAGUGGAAUGGCGAAGAAGACAGUCUUCACAGUAGAUCUAGGAAUGGAAGCGGCAGCAGAAGCAGUAGAGCUGGUAGUGUGGACCGAAGCACUCAAGGAUCAAGUAUCACUCUCAACUCAGACGAAGAUAAUAUCAACGUCGUUAUAAGAGUGCGACCCGUGAACGAAAAGGAACGAUCUGUACGAGAGCGGAACAUGCUGGAAUUUCCCGGGAAAGGCCAAAUUAUUUGUCACGGCACGGCCCCGGGACAGAAGCCGAAAGUCUUUUCAUAUAACGUCGUAUUCGAACCAGCGGCUACACAGGACGACGUUCUAGAAUAUUCUGGGAUAAAGCGGUUGCUGGAGAUGGCGGUGGAGGGAUUUUCGUGUACCGCCUUCUGCUACGGACAAACGGGAAGUGGGAAGACACACACGCUGACCGGACCGCCUGGACUGGUGGAAAGCGGUGCCAGUCCCUAUUCUCCUGACCAUGGGUUGGUUGUGAGGUCCUUCGUCUACCUCUUUAGACUAAUACGAGACCAGCCAGAUAGUCAUUUUGUCCUCAAGGCGUCAUUCUUGGAAAUAUACAAUGAGAAGGUUAUAGAUCUAUUGAAUCCCGGGAGCUCGAGAAAGCCCCUACAGGUGCGGUGGUCGAAAGAAAGUAGAAGUUUCUACGUGGAAAAUUUGUUUAUGGUGGACUGUGAAGAACUUGACGAUUUAUUCGCUGUUUUGGAAGAAGGUAUGCGUAACAGAGCAGUAGGCUCCCACGCAAUGAACAGUAAUUCGUCUCGCUCGCACACGUUGCUUUGCGUACGGGUGCGAAAGGAUGUGCGUACGGCCGGUGACGUCACAUGCUCUACUCACGGUAAAAUUAACUUCGUGGAUCUAGCCGGCAGCGAGAUGACAAAACGAACGAAUAGUACGGGCAAGACUUUGGAAGAGGCGAAUAAUAUAAAUCGGAGUUUGAUGGUUUUAGGUUAUUGUAUAGCUCAAUUAAGCGACGGCAAAAAGCGUGGUCACAUUCCGUAUCGGGAUAGUAAAUUGACCAAGCUGCUGGCUGACAGCUUGGCUGGGAACGGUGUAACUUUGAUGAUUGCUUGUAUAGCCCCAACGAAGUCCAACCUGAGUGAAACUAUUAAUACUCUAAGAUACGCCGCUAGGGCAAAGAAGAUCAAAUCUAAACCGAUUGUUAAAAUGGACGCCCGAGAUGCCCUGAUCUUGAGUUUGAAACGUGAAGUGGACACUUUGCAAGCCGAAAAUCAACAUCUGCGAACCGCUUUGCACAUACAAACAGACUACAAUAUGGAUUCCUAUAUUCAAAGGAACCGUCAAAUGCCUCUAGAACCAAACAAGCUGUACCAACUCCCUCAAUCCGAGCUGGUGGAACUGAUCCAGCUUCAUAUGGAAGAAAAUUCGGCACUGAGAAACGAGAAUACGGACCUGUUCAAUAUCAGAGAUCAGCUUCUACGCGAUCAAGAGAUACUAAGUAGGGAAAACGAGAGGCUUCUCAAGAAAUUGGAGGAUGUCAACUCUGUAUGCGUCAGAAGCCCAAUAAUACCUGCGCGACCAACUUAUUCGGAGGUCAGUACGAGCGAUGUGAACAUUUGGACGAACAUGAGUUCGACGAAUAGCGCUGUUAGUGAAACUUAG